ACCGAAGACACUGAAGGUUAAAUAGAAGAAAUGAUUUGCUAAGCUACCUAGGUACCUAAUUUGUUUGCAAUAAUACCCCCGACAUCGAGUCCCUAAAGAAAAAAGAAAUGGUCACCUUCAACCUCGCCUAUACGGCUCCUAUCAAUCCUUCCGGCGCCUUGCCCGCCCUCACGAUUCCCCAGAUCUGGGCGGGUCUAGAGCGCAAAGUUCGGCGCGCACAGGACUUCGUGCCCAUCAUCGAGGAGUGCAAUGUGCUGUCCGAAGAGACAUCGCAGGAGACGGGAAACCUGACGGUUGUACGCGAGGUCCGGUUCGCGGCAGGCCAGGAGCCAGAUAGUGGUAGCGGAGGCAGACUGGUCAAGGAGAUAUGCACGCACUACCCUCCAUGCCGUGUCGACUUCGGACAACCGGACGGAAGCAAGAUCUCGAACAUUGUUAGCGAAGGACCCGAUGGAGAGUUGCUUAUGACGUAUGCGUUUGAGUGGAGAUACCCAGGUGUCAAGCAGGGGAGCGAGGAGGCGAAGAAGUUAGAGGAGAGAAGCUGGAAGACAGCGAAGAUGGCUGUCCAAGGUACUAUUGACACUGUACGUCGACUAGUCAAUGACGGCGAAAUACAGUAAUGGAUGACCCCCAUUUGAGGUGUUUAGGGAGUUCGCAUAUCAUGAUAGUCGUCCGAGUCUGCCUCUAUCAUACGACGCUAAUGGAGAAUUAAAAAUGGUUAAAACCUAUUUGCCUAUUCGCUAUGAAUUUCUCACGUCUUAGGUACCUAAAUUGACAUACCACGGGC